UUUGUGAGGAAAUGACGUCACAGAAGCGCGACUGUAAAACUGACAUAAAUCCUCUUGUUGCUUUGCUUGUUUGAUGUGUUUUUGAAAUAAGAUACCGGGUUGGUGUUCUGCUGCACCGCGAAAGGAGCCUGAACCAGACGUUCAAGUCGAAAACAGUCGGAAGACUUUCUCCGUCAAAGCCCAGAGAUAGCAGUAGGCGAACUAGCUGUGAGGAGACGAAAGAGGAUUUCAAAUUCUGGAUUCUGAAGACUCCAGUAUUCUGUUAACCGAGAAGAGGCUACUAGUCUGUUGCCACACCGGAAUAUUCUUCCUUUGUUUUUAUUUAUUAAUUAUUUUACCUAGUUCUUCAUUCCCUUCUCCUUUGUGUUGCUCCGCCGGCUCAUGGCGGCCUCCCUGCCCCAGAAGCCGGGCAUGGCAGGGAUGCCCCCCGGCGCCUCGGUGGCCCCGGGCCAGCAGCCUCCACAGGGAGCUCUCCGAGAGAUCUCCCCGGUGUUCCUGUGCAGGAUCGGACAGGAGACCGUGCAGGACAUCGUCACGCGCACCAUGGAGAUCUUUCAGAUCACGCGGGCCACACAGCUGCCAAACGGUGUGACCCAGAGCCACGCCAUGUACCAGGAUCGCUUCGGGAAGCUACAGGAGCACCUCCGCCAGCUGGCCCUGCUCUUCCGGAAGCUUCGCCUGCUGUACGAGCGCUGCGUGGAGAUGACCUCUGACUUGCAGGAGGAGCCGGCAGAGCUUGUGCCGUACGUAGGAGAGGACCUCGUUUCUGUUCGGGUGGAGCCCUGCAGCCCGGCUGUCAGCCAGGAGAGACAGGAGGUCCUGGAGAAAGUGCGGCAGAAGAACCAGGAGAUGAAAGUACUGAUGGACCAGAUGAGGAACCUGCUGUGGGACGUCAACGCCAUGCUGACGCUCAGGAAGUGACGGCCAUCAGAGCAGGUGAAGCGCCACUCCCUAUGUCAGAGGACAACCACAGGAAGUCCUGCCUCCUCUGCACUCCUCAUUGACUGCUGUUACUGAUCUUUUGACAAAAACGUUUCUAGGGAGAAAAAAAAUCAUUAGGUGACGAGGACGACUGGACUUUACUUCAACACAAUGCACAUGUUCUAAAUUUAGUCCUUUUUUU